AAAAGAAAAACUGUGAGUUAUGGAAAUGAAAUUUCCAGGAAGAUACAUAGAACGUGCCUGCAAUAUUCACACUAAGGUCAAAGUCAAUAGCUUCUUAACCUUAUCUUCAUCUCCUUGUCAUAUAUAUACACACACACGUAUCAUAUACAUAUACUUUUCAAUCCCUCAAAUCGCUCGGGAAAGAUGUAUGUUACAAGGCGAUUGUCAGAAUACCAGAGAAACCCACCACCGGAGCUGACGCAGACUCCCCCGGAGGGACCGAACUCAGGCGUGUUGGUGAUUCAAGACGAAGAGUCACAGCCUCAGUGUUGUUUCGGUUUGUGUUACGACUCCGAACUCAGAGGCUUUCCAUUUCCGCAGAACGCGAAGCUCACCGUGAGAUAUACGACCGGAUCUGGAGAGCAUCGAAGAGUUUCUCGAAACCCUGUCGUGUUCAUCCCUGUUCUUGGUCAGCCUCUGUCUUCGAAUCGUUACUACGUCGUAAAACGGCGCGGGAAGCAUUCAGGAGAGGCUCAUGUUUGUGCGAAAGAAGAGGACAGAGUCCCCUGCUGCUUUUGCCUCAGCUACGUCCCUGACGCUAAACCGAAACCGCUAAAUCCUCAUGACAUCUACCAGCAAUUUGAGAUCUUUCCAAGAAGAUCAUCAAACCGACAUUUCUCCGCGAAAUCCAUUGCUCCAGAUGGAGUGCCUCCACAUUUCUUGAGGAGAAAAGGCUGGACGAUGGAAUACUCGACUUCCGAGAGCUUCGGCCUCAGAGAUGAUGCAAAGGGCAUAGACAGAAAGCUUCGUAACGAGCUUCCUGAUCUGGAUAUGAGCGUCACGGUCGGAAAAUGGUACGUGCCUUUCAUAUUCGUUAAGGAAGGAGAGGUCAAGGAUCAGAUCAAGAGAUCAAUGUAUUACAGCAUGACCCUUGAACAGAGCUGGGAAGAGGUUUACUCGCAGAAAAAUAUUCAUAAUGAAGGCCAUGAAGUUGUAGUUGAAGUAGAUACUGAAGCAGAAGUGGUGAAGCUGGAAGGGAAAGUGAUCGCGCAGAGUACAAGAAGGGUGGAUGCAGAAGGGAUGAUCGGGUUCUCGGGAGAGGAGGAGAAGAACAUAGGUUUGGGGUCGGCAGUCGUGGAGAGGAUGAGAUGGGAAGAGGAGAGGUUCGGGUGGAGAAGCAGAGACGAUAACCGAGUGGGGAUUGUCAAGAGAUCACAGAAAGUGGAUUGGAAGAGCUAUAAGUGUUAUGUUCUGGUUGAGAGCUUUGUAUUGAAGAGAAUGGAUGGGAGCUUGGUCUUGACAUAUGAAUUCAAGCACGGCGACAAGUUGAAGGACAAGUGGGACUGAGGUUUCUCGAUAUCUUUGUUGACGUCUCUGAGACAAAACCCAUCUGAUCUUUUUCAAUCUUCUUUCAUCUCCAUCAAUGUCUGCAGCAUCAGAUUCAUUCCAUCUGUUCUGCAGACUUUGAAGAAUUGCUGUAAUUUCCAUCUUGAUCUUGAUGUGUCGGAAACUUGAUUUGCUGUGUUCUUUGAUUCAGUGAGUGAUGCAAAUUUCAGGUACACAUGUUUCUUUUCCCUC